AUGGCUUCCAUCGACGAUAGUAUUUUUAGCGAACCCCCAGCAGCUACAACAAAGCAUUUGAUAGCUGAACGACUCUGGGGACCCCAACCCAUCGUCCAGCAAUUCUCAAACGGUGUACGAUCCGAUGAGAUUGCGCUCGAUGCCUACUUCCGUUUCUACAUUGCUUCCUGCGCUCGCACUUUGCAUUAUAGCGGAGGCCAUAUGUCAGUUCAAACGCACCGGCAGCUUAUGGAUAUAGUCCAGCAACUGCGCAGUGGCUGCUCUCGUGACAUCAUACGCAAUUCUUUAUCACCUCCAGACUCCCUUUCCCGGGCUGACGCAACAAUCGAUUUGGCGGCGCAGCUCUUGCUGAUGUUGAACUUUACAAGUCCCCAAUAUGCCAUCUCGGGGACCGAGCAAGUCUUAUGGGCUGAGGGUGCUCUUGAAAGCUCAGUUCACCUACACUUCUCCUCCGGACCGACGCUCAUUGAUGCCGCCGUCACUUUGGAUGCGGAGUUCACAGGGUACAACAUUGAGAAGGUUGCGGAUAUUGAAAUAUUCUGGACAGAUAACCUUGCUGAUCACCUACGCUUAAUCGAAGGGGAGACAAAGGUAGCCAUAUUUCAUCACGUCACCUUUCUCGAGUGUCAAAAGCAUUCUAUGCUCCCCAGUGAUCUAGUGAAAGAGACUUUGCGGACAAUCUCACUUCUUUUCCCAGAGGGGGACAAAAAAACAGCUCGGAAAUACCGGUCUAAUGCAGAAAUUGAUGGAAGGAUAUUGCGAUGUGGUCAGUUGCAUGGUGCCCAACGCGAUAUAAACUUUUUUUUUUACUGGAAGGAUCGAUUGGUGAUGCUGAAGCAAAAGUAUGAUGGUACGCAUCCCAAGACGAUCAACCAGUGGUGGUGGGAUAGGAGAAACGGAGUUCAGUGGUAUACAUUUUGGGUGGCAAUCCUGAUUCUCAUAUUGACGACAUUUUUUGGCUUGGUACAAUCAGUGGAAGGCGCUCUUCAAGUCUAUAAAGCUUUCGUUCCAGGUUAGAGACGAUCUGCAUUGCUAUUCUUGCUCCAGAAUGCUGGACACAAUCCUGCGUCAAAGUAUCAGUGAUUCUUCUUUAAC